UGCGCAUGUGUGCGGAAGUGCUUUGGCUCUUUGGGUAAAGAUGGCGGAGCGCGGUUACAGCUUUUCGCUGACUACAUUCAGCCCGUCUGGUAAACUUGUCCAGAUUGAAUAUGCCCUGGCUGCUGUAGCUGCAGGAGCCCCUUCAGUGGGAAUUAAAGCUGCAAAUGGUGUGGUAUUAGCAACUGAGAAGAAACAGAAAUCCAUUCUGUAUGAUGAGCGAAGUGUACACAAAGUGGAAUCAAUUACCAAGCAUAUAGGCUUGGUGUAUAGCGGCAUGGGCCCAGAUUACAGAGUGCUCGUACAUAGAGCUCGGAAACUAGCUCAGCAGUACUAUCUUGUUUACCAAGAACCCAUUCCCACAGCUCAGCUGGUACAGAGAGUAGCUUCCGUGAUGCAAGAAUACACCCAGUCAGGUGGUGUUCGUCCAUUUGGAGUUUCUUUACUAAUUUGUGGUUGGAAUGAGGGACGACCGUAUUUAUUUCAGUCGGAUCCAUCUGGAGCUUACUUUGCCUGGAAAGCCACAGCAAUGGGCAAGAACUACGUGAACGGGAAAACUUUCCUGGAGAAAAGAUAUAACGAAGAUCUGGAACUUGAAGAUGCCAUUCAUACAGCCAUAUUAACCCUAAAGGAAAGCUUUGAAGGGCAGAUGACAGAAGAUAACAUAGAAGUUGGGAUCUGUAAUGAAGCCGGAUUUAGGAGGCUUACUCCAACUGAAGUGAAGGAUUACUUGGCUGCCAUAGCGUAAUAAUGAAGUGACUGAAAAAUCUGGAAUUUCAGAUGAUCUCUGUACUUAAACAUGUUUAAAGUAUGUUUUGUUUUGCAGACUUUUUGCAUACUUAUUUCUACAUGGUUUAAUGGACUGAUGUUUUUAAAAUGACACUUAUAAAUCAUAAUAAACUGUUAAAUCCAA